GUAAUUUGUCGAGUUUUUGCCACUAUGAUUAUUGAACAGUGAAACCAAUCCGUUCCAUUCAAGUACACAUCGGUCAUAUCACUUCUUCAGCGAUCCCCCGGUCAUGCCAAACUCAGAUCGCACACCUCGCUUCCACUACGCGGUUAGCCAGAUCGACGACAAUUCGUAGCUUAUCAACGAAUUGUUCAUCAUCCGUCGCCAGUCCUCCCCUCCCGCCCAAUACCUUUGGAAAGAUGACGACGGCUUCUGGUACACGCACGGGAAGGCGCCCGAUCCGCUGCCUGCGACAAUCCCCGUACGUCACGCUGGCGUGGCUCGCCGAUCGGCGGGAUCGCCUCAGCUCCGCCAUACCAAAUGUCAUCCACUUCCAACGCGAGGAAGAUGCCGAAUAUCUCAUCACCUCCAGUGUCCCCGGCGCCCUCCUCAAGGACGUCUGGCGAGGGAUGCCCGAGGACGAGCGGCGGCACCUCGCUGGCCGGAUCAUCGAAAUUUGUGAGGAGCCGGCGUCGACUUGGGCCUCCAACGCCAUGUCCGGGGUUGACGGCUGGCGGCUGUUCGAGAACUGGCUGAACUUCUGCGUCGGCCUUCCUCGCACCUGCGAACCGGACGAAGACAACAUCCAAAAUAUCCGUGAACGUCUGGGCAUGGACUACUCGAAGCCGUUCGUCUUUGCGCACGGCGGCAUCGGCGGCGGAGAGGUCGUGAUCGACUCGGACGGCUCGAUCGGGCUGAUAAACUGGGCUAACGCCGGCUAUUGCCCGUGGGGGUGGGCCAGGACCAAGUUUGCCUGUUCGUAGGGUCUAGACUUUGGGUGGCCUGAUGUAAACGGCGG